CUUUUCCUCUACACAUCCCUCUUCAGCUUCUCGCAGCCGCCAAUUGCUCGGCGCCUCUAGCAGCAAUGCCUCCGUCUGGCGUUGCUCACGCGCCGGGCGGCCUCACAGCUGCGACUGCCCCAUCGGCAGAGGUCCUCUCACGGAUCUUUGCCAACCUGCGAUCCAGAGAUGAGCAGACACGACUCAGUGCUGCAAAGGACCUGGGCCAAUAUGUCACUCGUUCGUCAUCAGAGGCAUCCGGCGAUGGUCUCUCGGCAUUCAACAGUGACCUCAACAGACGCAUCUUCGAGCUCACUCACUCGCCCAACGCUCACGAGAAGCUCGGAGGAAUCGUAGCAAUCGAGUCCCUCAUUGACCUCGAGAGCGAAGACAACAGCGCAAGACUAUACCGCUUCUAUCAAUACCUCAAACCCAAUCUUCCUUGCAAUGACGCCUCGGUGAUGGUUGCAGCAUCAAAAGCCUUGGGUAGAGUGUCCAAGUUCGGUGGUCACUCACUGGGCGACCAAUUCAUCGAGUUCGAAGUACUCAGAGCGCUCGACUUCCUGCAAGCUGGCGAUCGCAACGAGUCGGGCAGAUAUGCUGCCGUACUAAUCAUUCGGGAGAUGGCACGCAACGUCCCAGGCCUUUUCCACGUCUACGUCCCGCGAGUACUCGAGCGUAUCUGGGUGGCCCUUCGCGACUCUCGCGUCCUCGUGAGAGAAGGCGCUGCAGAGGCGCUAGGAGCUUGCCUGCAGAUCAUUGCGCAAAGAGAGAAGCAAAUGGGCUCACAGCUCUGCGAAAUGAUCUACGAAGAGGCAGAAAAGGGGCUCAAGACAACGCCGGUCGAGACCAUCCACGGUAGCUUGAUGGCGGUCCAGGAGCUCCUUCAACACUCCAAGAACUUCAUGAGGACGCGAUUCCACCGAGCCUGCGAGCUUAUCCUCCGCCUGCACAAGCAUAGAGAACCUCUCAUCAAGCGUACCAUCAUCAGCCUCAUCCCAGUCUUAGCCAACUAUGACCCACACUACUUCGCGGACCAGCAUCUCAACGCCGUCAUGACGAUGCUGACCGACCAGCUGCGCAAGGACCGGGAUCGAGCGACGAAAGAGUCCAUUGGCCAAACAUUUGAAGCCAUCGGACUCGUUGCAGCUGCCAUGGGGACCAAGAUGAAGCAGUACAUCGACUCCAUCCUGGCAUGCGUCAAGGAGUCACUGCAAUCUAGGGGCAAGAAGAAUGCAGUGCCCGAGGGGCCCGUCUUCUUCUGCAUCGGCUACCUCGCAGCUGCCGUCGGUCCACACCUGACCAAGUACAUGCAUGAGCUCCUCGACCUGAUGUUCGCAUGCGGUCUCAGCGAAGCCUUAGUUCAAGCGCUGGAGCGACUUGUGAUCGCCGUGCCGCCCCUCCUUCGAGUCGUCCAAGACCGUCUCCUCGACAUGCUGUCCCUGAUUCUCAUAGGGCAACACUACAGAGCAUUGGGCGCACCAACACUUUACGCCAACGGCGACUCGAUCAGCUCGACGCAGAGCAACGCCGCUGCCGCGGCAGCGGCAGCAGCAGCAGCUGCCGCAUCGCAGAAUGGACCAGAGAAGAACAUCACCACAGUCGCCGUCGCCCUACACACAUUGGGCUCCUUUGACUUUAGCGGGCAUAUCCUCAAUGAAUUCGCCCGCAACUGCACGCUGCCCUACCUCGAGGACGACCACGCCGAGAUCCGCAAAGCGGCAGCAGUCACUUGUGCGCGUCUCUUUGUGCAAGACCCCAUCUGCUACCAGACGAGCAUGCACGCCAUAGAGGUCGUCAACGACGUGCUGGAUAAGCUGUUGACCGUUGGCAUCGCCGACUCAGAGGCCGAUCUGCGCUGGACGGUGCUCUCGGCUUUAGAUGAGCGAUUUGACCGGCAUCUCUCUCAGGCCGAGUAUGUGCGCUCACUCUUCGUCGCCCUCAACGACGAGGACUUCUCUGUGCGCGAGGUCGCCAUUACUAUCAUUGGCAGGCUGGCCAAGCACAAUCCGGCGUACGUGAUGCCAUCGCUGCGCAAGGCCCUCAUCCAACUUCUGACCGAGCUCGAGUACUCGACCCUCAGCCGCACGAAGGAGGAAGCGGCUCGUCUGCUCACUGAGGUCGUCCGCGCGUCCUCUCGGCUCGUCAAGUCGUACGCUCUGCCAAUGCUCGAGAUUCUCUUGCCGCGAGCCAAUGACCCUAGUCCUGGCGUCGCCGCCCGUGUCAUGGAAUGUUUGGGCGAGCUGGCGCGCGUGGGAGGCGAAGAGAUCUCGCCUCACGUCGAGCAACUAGUGCGACUGGCGAUAGAACAGCUCGCAGGGCACUCGGCGCAGGGAUCGACUAUGAAGCGUGACGCGGCGCUGCGUACUCUUGGCCUCGUGUCCUCCAACACGGGUCACGUCAUCGACCCCUACCUCAAAUACCGCAAUCUCCUCAGCACCAUCGUCAAGAUCCUCAAGACGGAAACGACACCAGCCGUCAGACGCGAGACAAUCCGUGUGAUGGGCAUCCUGGGUGCUCUUGAUCCGUAUCGCUACAAGGUGCUUGAGAAGCAGCCAGAUGAGGGCGGCGCCGAGGCCAGCAAAGACUCAUUGCCAACGGACCUUCUCGAGAUGGCCAUGACCAUCGGCACUUCCUCCGAGGAAUUCUAUCAGAGCGUCAGCGUCGAGGCCCUCCUCGCCAUACUCAAGGACCCUGCGCUCCCCACCCACCAUCAUGCAGUCAUUGAGGCAGUCAUGUACAUGUUCAAGACGCAGGGCAUGAAGUGCGUGCCCUUCCUGCCACAGAUCAUCCCAGCCUUCCUCAACGUCAUCCGUUCCUGCAGCACGAGCUUGAGCGAGUUCUACUGGCAGCAGCUGGGCAUCUUGAUCACCAUCAUCAAGCAGCACGCUCGCAACUACCUGCGCGAGAUCUUCCAACUCGUCCACGAGCAAUGGAACACGACAAAUAAUGUGCACAUUAUCCAGCUUACGAUUGUCUCCGUCGUCGAGGCCGUGGCUAAGGCGCUCGAGGGCGAGUUCAAGAGCUACCUCCCCAUCUUGCUGCCGAACAUGCUGCAAACUUUUCAGGGCGAGGUUGGUGCAAAGCAGCAGCCCACACUCAUCCGGGUACUUCACGCCUUCUGUGUCUUUGGCUCGAGCAUCGAGGAGUACUUGCAUCUGAUUCUCCCGCCCAUUGUUGAGCUCUUCGAGCGGCCCGACGCAUCAAAUGUCUGCCGUCGCUCAGCCAUCGUCACGGUCGGGCAGCUCACGCGCAAGGUCAACUUCUGCGACCACGCUUCUCGCGUCAUCCACCCACUCGUCCGUGUGCUCAAGUCUGGCAGCCCAGAGCUUCGCAACCCGGCGAUGGACACGCUUACGGCCUUGGCCUUUCAGCUUGGCGGGUCCUACGCCAUCUUUGUGCCGGUGGUCGGCAAGGUAUUGGCACAGCAGCGCAUCCAGCAUGCCAAGUACGAUCAACUCGUUAAGAAGCUGCUUGCCGGCGAGAAGCUCAACCAGGAGACCGGGCCUGUCGACGGCUCACUCGAUGACAAGGUCGAAGAGGCGCCACUUGCCGAGGCGACGAAGAUGUCUGUCAACCAACUGCACCUCAAGCAGGCCUGGGACACAUCCAAAGUUUCGACAGCAGAAGACUGGCGCGAAUGGCUUCGUCGUAUGGCCGUCGAAUUCAUGCGCGAAUCUCCAUCACACGCGCUGCGCGCCUGCCGCAGCCUGGCGGACGUCUACCACCCGCUUGCAUAUAGCUUGAUGAAUACGGCCUUCGUUUCGUGCUGGCCGGAGCUCUUCUCCCACUACCAAGAGGAUCUCGUCAGAUCCAUCGAGGCGGCAUUUGACGCUCCUGAAAUCCCCGACGACGUCGUGAUGCGCUUGCUCAACCUGGCAGAAUUCAUGGAGCACGACGACAAGGCGCUGCCCAUCAACGUCCGACUCCUCGGGCAGAAGGCGUACCAGUUCCACUCUUACGCGAAAUCGCUCCACUACUACGAGGCAAUGUUUCUCGCAGAGCCGUCGGCAGAGAUCGUCGAGAGCCUCAUCGACAUCAACAGUCGGCUUGGCAACCAAGAUGCUGCCUUCGGUACUCUGACCUACGCCCGCGAGCAACUGGACAUCAUCCAUCACGAGGAGUGGUUCGAGAAGCUCGGUAGGUGGGAGGAGGCCCUCGUCGCGUACGACCGCAAGGCUAGUCAAGGCGACGACGACCUCGAGUCCACGUUCGGGCGCAUGAGGUGCCUUCACGCCCUCGGAGAGUGGGAGCACCUCUCGACACUGGUGCAAGAGAAGUGGGUCACGUCCUCCAGCGGCGAACGCACCCAGAUGGCUCCCUUGGCGUGCGCUGCGGCCUGGUCGCUGGGCCAGUGGGAGGUAAUGGAAGACUUCAUAGGGUCGAUGCGCUCCGACUCAUCUGAGCGGUCUUUCUAUCGUGCCAUCCUGCACGUCCACCGCUCGCAACGGGCGCAAGCCAACAAGCACAUUACCCGCGCUCGUGACUCUCUCGAUCAGGAGCUUACGGCCCUCAUCAACGAGAGCUACAGCAGAGCAUACGGCCUGAUGGUCCGCACACAGAUGCUCUCGGAGCUCGAGGAGGCCUUGACGUACAAGCUCGACUUCCGCGAUCAGCCUGACCGCCAGGCCACCAUGCGCAGCACAUGGAUGAAGCGACUCAAGGGCUGCCAACCGGACGUUGAGGUUUGGCAGCGCAUCUUGUCUGUUCGUAGCAUCGUCUUGACGCCAGCAGACGAUACAGACACAUGGAUCAAGUUCGCCAAUCUGUGCCGCAAGUCCGGCAGGAUGGUCCUCGCAGAAAAGACGCUCAACUCGCUGCUUGGUCCUGAAUCGGCAGCGAUGGAUCCUCGCUCGCCUAUGGGCCCGAAGGCCCCGCCGUCGGUCAUUUAUGCUCAUCUCAAGUUCAUGUGGGCCAGUGGGGCCAAGCUCGAGAGUCUCAACUACCUGCGCGACUUCACUGUCAAUCUCGCGGAGGAUCUCGGUCUGCACGGCGUCGAUGAGCGAGGCAAUCCGAUCCAGCCUGAUUGGCAGGCCUCACCCCGUCUCGCUGACUACGGACGCUUACUUGCUCGCUGCUUCUUCAAGCAGGGAGAGUGGCAGGCGGCCCUCAACGAGGACUGGGUGACGGACGACUCGCUGGACGUCAUUGAUUCGUACCGACGCGCUACCGAGCUUGAUCGAGGCUGGUACAAGGCAUGGCACGCCUGGGCCUUGGCCAACUUCGAUGUCAUCUCUCAUCACGAGCGACUGGGCAGCAACAUCACAACGCAGAUGAUCGCCGCAAGCAUCGUGCCAUCGGUGCGUGGCUUCUUCCGUUCCAUCGCCUUGGCUAGUGGCAACUCGCUGCAAGACACUCUGCGUCUGCUCACCCUCUGGUUCAAGUUUGGAUAUCAGGAGAAUGUCGCCGAGGCUGUCUCGGAGGGCUUCUCGAGUGUCGUCGUCGAUACGUGGCUCGAGGUCAUCCCGCAGAUCAUCGCUCGUAUCAACGCUCCCUCGCUGAAGGUUAGACGACUGAUCCAUCAUCUCCUGUCGGACGUCGGCACGGCUCAUCCUCAGGCUCUGGUAUACCCGCUCACUGUGGCAGCCAAGUCGCCGAGCCACCAGCGCAUCCAAGCGGCCAUGGCAAUCAUGGACAAUGUGCGCGAGCACAGUCCGCGCCUAGUUGAGCAAGCUCUCCUCGUCUCAAACGAGCUCAUCCGAGUUGCCAUUCUCUGGCAUGAGCUCUGGCACGAGGGCCUCGAGGAAGCCUCCCGCCUCUACUUCACCGAGCGCAACAUCGACGCCAUGUUCGCCACGCUGGAGCCUCUGCACGAAGCACUGGAGAAAGGACCAGAGACGCUGCGCGAGACGUCCUUCGUACAGACGCACGGCCGCGACCUGGCCGAGGCGCGCGAGUGCGGGCGACGUUACCGUCAACACAGCGAGAUCAGCGAUCUGAAUCAGGCGUGGGAUCUUUACUAUCACGUUUUCCGUCGUAUCGCCAAGCAGCUUCCUGCCUCGAACUCGGUACAGCUCGAUCUGCAGUAUGUCUCGCCUAAGCUCCUCGCUCUGCGCGACCUCGAGCUUGCCGUGCCGGGCACGUAUCACUCAGGUCAGCCCGUAGUGCGUAUCAGCAACUUUGAGCAGAUCGUCCUCAUCAUCGCAUCGAAGCAACGCCCGCGUCGUCUCAAGAUGAAGGGCAGCGAUGGGCGAACGUACCAGUAUUUGCUCAAGGGCCACGAAGACUUGCGUCAAGAUGAAAGAGUCAUGCAACUUUUUGGUCUCGUCAACACGCUUCUCUCCAUCGACUCGGAAUGCUACAAGCGCCGCCUCGACAUUCGUCGCUUCCCUGUGAUCCCCCUUUCGCCUAAUACGGGUAUGCUGGGCUGGGUCGAGAAUACGGACACGCUGCAUGUGCUCAUCAAGGAGUACCGUGAGCAGCACAAGAUCCUGCUCAACAUCGAGCAUCGACUCAUGGUACAGAUGGCGCCCGACUAUGACCACUUGACGCUCAUGCAGAAGGUAGAGGUUUUCGAGUACGCACUGGACAACACGCCGGGACAAGAUCUGUAUCGCGUGCUGUGGCUCAAGUCGCCGAGCUCUGAAGCGUGGCUGGAGCGUCGUACAACGUACACUCGCUCCCUCGCUACUUCUUCCGUCGCCGGCUACAUUCUCGGUCUGGGCGAUCGUCACCCAAGCAAUCUGCUCCUUGACCGUCUCAGCGGCCAGAUCGUACACAUCGACUUUGGUGACUGCUUUGAAGUAGCAUGCCAUCGUCCCAAGUUCCCAGAGAAGGUGCCUUUCCGCCUCACCCGUAUGCUCGUCAACGCAAUGGAGGUGGGCGGGAUCAAGGGUACAUUCAAGGUGACUUCGGAGAACUCGAUGCGCGUACUCCGCGACAACAAGGAGAGUGUGCUCGCCUUGCUGGAAGCCUUCGUACACGAUCCGCUCAUCUCGUGGCGACUGGUGACCGACGACGCGACCAGCGAGCCACAGCGUGCUCCAGACGCUUCAGAGCAUGAGGCAACACGUGAGGGCCUACAGAGGUUGAGCCAGGCAGGCGACGUACGCAAUCAGAGGGCGUUGGAGGUCGUUAGGCGUAUUCAGAAUAAGCUCAACGGGCGAGACUUUGGGCCUCAGGUCUUGACGGUUCCGCAGCAGGUGGAGAGACUGGUCAGAGAAGCACGAUCGACGGAGAAUCUCGCAGUGGCUUUCCUGGGUUGGUGCUCCUUCUGGUGAGGCGGCUAGAGCGCUACGAUCGACUCCAACAAUCCUUGUACUAUUACAGCGCCUCGAUGCAAUUGAACAAUCUCAUGACUCCAGCUGCGCUUGCGAUGUGG